ACACCUUAUGAGUUCUGGACUAAUAGUCGUGUUUCUGACAUCUUGUAUCUCAGGAUGUUUAAAUACAAAGCAUUUGUGCAUAUCUCUGAUAAUAAACAUCAAAAGCUCAAUAUAUUAGCAACCAUUGUGAUGUUUAUUGGGUAUGAACCUAAUACCAAGGGUUAUUGGUUCUGGAAUAAGACCAUCCACUUAGUUGUUGUAUCUCAUGAUGUAACCUUUGACAAAUCCUUUUUUCCACACAAACCACUUGAGAAUAUAUAG